AUGGAUGCUGCGGAGAUGGUUUCGGAAGGGAAACUCAAGCAAGGUUUCUUCCUCGCAACCCUCGUCUCAACGGUAGCCGGCACUUUCAUUACCAGCAUAAACCUAUACGACCGUCUCAUCGAGCAACGCCGCCAAAAAAAGCUGGAUCGGGGGCAGAAUAAGAGAAUCAAGGAACUCGAACAGCGUCUGAACGAAGCCGAAGAGGAGAAGGAGCGCAUCAAAGAAGAGAGCACAAAAGGUAGCGGGACUGGUGAUGGAGAUAAUGAGUUUCGGAAUUCGCUCCAACAAAACGGCAAGAUGGUCCAGAACGAGUACAACCGAUAUUUCGCAAACCUAGGACCGAAGUUUGCCGAGGGAGACUUGGUCGCCCAAAACCAAAUCCAAAGCCAAAUCAUCCUCCUCCAGGGCAGCGUCAUCAAGCUCCUCGAAGAAGCCAUCCUCACCGGCAAAAUGCCCGACCUCAACCGCCUCUACAACACCUCCGAGUUCGCGCGCGAGAGCAGCAUCCGCGCCCUACGCGAUCAGUACCAACGCCUUCUCCGAUCCCCACCCCCCGUCCAACAACAACAACAACAACAACAACAACAACAACAACGACGACGACGACCCGGCGGUCCCAUGCGGCGGAUCUCCUCCACCCCUUCCCUCCGGGGCGACCGCUCCACGACCGACUCGGUCCGGAGCCAGGGUGGCCACGCGCUGCAGAAGGCGCUCGCUCACCCCAGCAACGCCGGCGCGCCGUUGUUUUGUCGCUGCGCCAGGGAGCUGCAGCAGACUAGCAGGCCGCUGGAGAGCGUCAUUGCGGUUGACCGCGGGGCGGCGGUGUGUGCGGGGUGUGAAGCUAGGGUUGAUGAUGAUGGGGAUGAUGGGGCGGAUGGGUGCCGGUCGUGGAGGGUGGAGAAGGAACUCGCUGGAGAGGACAAGGGGACGCCCAACGAUGGCGUCGAUCUUCUGAAUGUUUGA